AUCUUUUUGGGAGAGAUGCAGGUGAGUGGUCCAGAUCGGUAGUUCAUCAACCAUUCCUUCUCUUUAUAUCACAUCUCUUCUAGUUGCUAGCAAUAACCAAUCAUUCAAGAAUUGGAGAAACAAAACAAAAUUCAAAGAAUAAGUUAACUACGUACGUACCCUAAGAUGAACAAAAAUCAUGCAGUUUGUAUCCCAAUGCCAGCACAAGGUCAUAUAAGACCAAUGCUAAAACUGGCUAAACUCCUACAUUUCAAUUUUGGUUUUCACAUUACCUUCAUCAACACUUAUCACAAUCACCAAACACUCUUUCAACAAUCUCACCAAGCUCAUUCUUCUUCUUCUUCUUCUUCUUCUUGUAAAUCACCCAUCUUCAGAUUUGAGUCCAUACCCGAUUGCACCGACGACCCGAAAGAUAACAUGUCUGUCUUAAACUCAUUUUUGGAUGAUCUUUUGGAAGCUCCACUAAAAGAGCUGCUCUUGAAACUUGGUAGUAAGGAAUGCAAUCAAGAUUUGUCGCCUACUAAGCCGCCGCGGCUGCCACCGGUGACUUGCAUGGUUACUGAUGUUGGCAUGUCGAAGUACACCCUCGACGUGGCUGGAGAAAUGGGGAUUCCGGCGGUGUCAUUGGAGACGAGUGGGGCUUGUGGAAUGAUGGGUUACUUGCAAACUCGUCAACUCCUUGAUAAAGGCAUUAUUCCCCUCCGAGACUCAAGUUGCCUCACAAAUGGUUAUCUUGACAUGGCCAUUGAUUGGAUACCAAGUUUGAAGGGAAUACGCUUGAAAAACAUGCCAACGUCUAUAAGAACAAUAGACCAAAAUGAUAAGUUGAUGAAUCAUGUGAUGUCAAGUGAAUAUAGAGCUCUCAAAUCACGAGCAAUUUUAAUUAACACAUUUGACACUUUGGAACAAGAUGUUCUAAAGGAACUCUCAUCUUUCUCACCUAACAUCUACCCAAUUGGACCACUUAAUUUAUUAGUCAACAACAAACCAAAAGAUGACAAUAUUGGACUCACUCUUUCGUGUGAGGAAGAUAUUGACUACAUCCAAUGGCUUGAUUCUCAAGUGCCCAAUUCAGUAUUAUAUGUAAGUUUGGGAACACUUGCGAUGUUAACGCAAGAACAACUAGUUGAACUUGCAUGGGGUCUUGCAAAUAGCCAUCAAAAGUUUAUUUGGGUUGUAAGAUCUAAUCUAUGUAUUGGUGGGUCUAAACCUCUUUCUCUUGAAUUUGAGGAAGAGAUCAAGGAAAGAGGAAUAUUGUUAAGUUGGUGCGACCAAGAAAAGGUGUUAGGUCAUUCAUCUGUAGGAGGGUUCGUGACUCACUGUGGGUGGAACUCAAUGAUCGAGAGUAUAAGCAAUGGUGUUCCGAUGAUUUGUUGGCCAUUUUUUGCUGAUCAAGGUACCAAUGGUUGGUAUUGUUGCAAUUAUUUAGGCCUUGGUAUAGAUAUGAGUGAAGUCAUAAAAAGAGAUCAAAUUGAAAGGAUGAUAAUUGAGUUGAUGGAAGGAAAUAAGGGGAAGGAUAUGAAGAAGAGAGCCAUAGAGUGGAGAAAAUUGGCCAAAAAAGCAGCUAUGAAUUUGCAUGGGUCUUCAUAUGCUAAUUUAGAGAGCAUAGUGAAUAACGUGUUGCUUUCAAACGAUCAUAUUGUUCCAUAGCUAGCUAUUGAAAUUUAUGAGUGAGAUUUUUACACUAUUUUGAUACGAGAUAUUUAUCAUCUCAAUUUAUAAUACUUCCUCUAUAUUUCAAAAGUUAUUGCAACACUUGCCUUGAGUACACUGAUUAUAAGAGAUAGUUGGAAAUCGCAUAUUGUGUAAAUAUUUAUGUUAAAUCAAGAAGAGAGCAAAAGUUUUUUAGUGUAUGUAAGUGGUUUCAUGUGUGAGUAUAUUUUUCAUCCAUUGAUAUGUCACAUUUAUAUAUAGUUUUUAGAUGCA